AUGCCCUCUCACCACAGCGCCCCGGUCCAGCCUAGGCUCGGCAAGGGUAAGGGCCCUCUUUACCCAGCGACAACUAAGUUGCGGCUCCUUCACAUCUCCCCACCUAAGGAUCGGCCCCAUGAACCGGUGAAGGUCUACAAGGAUUGCAGGGACCGUAUCUUAGACCUUCAGAUAGACCCAAUCCCUAUAUCCAUUAAGCCCAAAGACCCAAGGGUGGAACACCUAAGCCCCCCACCGAAGCCUAAUCAAUUACCAGCAGGAGAAGGUGCACGUGACUCGGAGAAUUUGGGGCGGUACUACUCCGAAGACUACGAGUCUUAUCACACUGAGGCGUUCAAAGAAUAUGAACCUUCCCCAGCCCCUAGCCAGCCUUCAGCACCCGAGCCCCUCCCGAAUGGCGAUCUGGCCAUGAGGCUUUUCUUUGAGAAGGUUCGACAUUUGGAGAAUGAGCAACACCGCAGUCACUAG